ACUUUAGUUUAUAUUUUCUUCAUCAUGUAUAAUCCCUCAAUUGCUUCUUCUUGUUCUUCCUGAAAUCAAAUCAAAGUAUCUCUUCAUCAAAGCAACACCCAAUGUUUCGGUAUUUGUGUUCUUCAAUUUCCCAUGGCCAUCGAUCUCUUCUUCCUGCAUCAUCCAAAUCACACACUACCUUCUUUCAAGGAUAUGUUAGAGGAUUUUCGAGUGCGAGUUGGGGUUUGAACGGGAGGAAUCAAAGUGAGAAUGUGAAUGCAAAUGCAAGUGCUCCUCGUCUGGAUUUUUUGCGGGAUAAGGUGAAUAUUAACUCCAGAAGUGAGAAUAACGCUGAGACUGGUGGGAAUUCCAGGCAGAUGGACUUUGUGAGAGGAGCUAUAGAUGAAGAUGAAAAGAGUCUUAUGGGAGGUUAUCAAUACAAUCAGUAUCAGUAUCAACAUGAUGUUGAUUUUGUUCAUAUAAAGAUGUUGCGCAACAAUACCUUUGUUACAGUGACUGAUUCUAAAGGAAAUGUUAAACUUAGUGGCUCUGCUGGUUCCUUGAAAGACUUGAAAUCAGGGCAAAAGCUUUCUAAGUAUGCUGCUGAAGCAACUGCAGAAGUCGUUGGACGAAGAGCUAGGGGUUUAGGAUUGAAAUCUGUUGUCAUGAAAGUGAACGGAUUUACUCAUUUUCGGAGGAAAAGGAAUGCAAUAUUGAGCUGGAGGGAGGGAUUUACGGAUUCUAAAGGCGAUAAAAAUCCAAUUGUAUACAUUGAAGAUACAACUCGUCGUGCCCAUAACGGCUGCAGACUGCCAAAGAGCCGACGUAUCUAGUUAUUUUUAUUGAGAUAGUUGAAGAAGCUUUAUUUGACUUUGAUGAAGACAUAGUUUAGAUGCAGAUUUUCCAUAUGCUGUUUUUCCCCUUUUAUCGAGCAUAUUUUCAUUAUGACUUUGUUUCAUAUUUGUAUGUUUUGUACAAUAACCAGAAUUUUUGCAGAAGCGUCUACUGAAAGGCUAUGUAGUUUCAAUUUGAAUGUUUUGGGACUCCAAUAAGCAUUGCUUAUGAAAGGAUGUAGUAAACUCUUUCUCAAAUGGUCAAAUUUCAAUUCCUUCUUCCA